CUCGGAGAUUCCACUUUUGCAGUGACUCCAUUGAGACUCUGAGUCUUUGACGCGCCAGUCCUUGACUCACCAGAACCAGAACAAAAACCGUCACGUUGCCGGGUGAAUAGAACUGGGAACCAGACAACAAAUAAGAUGCCGACCGUUCACCUCCUAGACUACGUCGCCGGCAACGUGCGCAGCUUGGUCAAUGCCAUUGAGAGGGUUGGCUACAGCGUCGAGUGGGUCCGGUCGCCCGAGGAGGUUGCCAAUGCUGAUAAACUCAUCCUCCCUGGCGUAGGCCACUUUGGCCACUGCCUCUCCCAGCUGGCCUCGGCCGGCUACAUGCCCGCCAUCCGCGCCCACAUCGAAUCCGGCAAGCCCUUCAUGGGCAUCUGCGUCGGCCUCCAGGCCCUCUUCGAAGGUUCGUCCGAAGAGCCCAACUGCCCCGGCCUGGGCGUCAUCCCCGCCAAGCUCGACCGCUUCGACGACACCGACAAGUCCGUCCCCCAUAUUGGCUGGAACGACGCCUCGUGCCCGACCAACCCGAACCUCUUCAGCUUGAGCCCCGACUCCAAAUACUACUAUGUCCACUCGUACAAGAUGCCCUACACCAAGGGCCAGCUCGAGUCUCAAGGGUGGGCGGUGGCUACCGCUGUCUACGGCGGCGAGACCUUUGUUGGCGCCAUCGCCAAGGGCAACGUGAUGGCUACACAGUUCCACCCCGAGAAGUCUGGUGUCGCCGGUCUGCGCGUCAUCCGGGCUUUCCUUGACGGUUCCGGCGCCGCCGCUCUGGCUUCCAACCCUCCCCAGGAGGUCCCCAACGCCGGCGACGACGCUCUUGUCGGCAAGGAGGGUCUCACACGCCGUGUCAUUGCCUGCUUGGACGUGCGCACCAACGAUCAGGGUGACUUGGUGGUGACCAAGGGCGACCAGUACGAUGUCCGCGAAAAGUCCGACGACCGCAACGUCCGCAACCUCGGCAAGCCCGUCGAGAUGGCUCGCAAGUACUACGAGCAAGGCGCCGACGAAGUGACCUUCCUCAACAUCACCUCCUUCCGCGACUGCCCCGUUGCCGACCUUCCCAUGCUCGAGAUCCUUCGCCUGACCUCCAAGACCGUCUUCGUCCCUCUGACCGUCGGCGGCGGCAUCCGCGACACCGUCGACACCGAUGGCACCAAGGUCUCCGCCCUCGAAAUCGCCACCAUGUACUUCCAGUCCGGCGCCGACAAGGUGUCCAUCGGCUCCGACGCCGUCAUCGCCGCCGAGGAGUACUACGCCUCCGGCAAGACGCUCUUCGGCAACACGGCAAUCGAGCAGAUCAGCAAAGCCUACGGCAACCAGGCCGUCGUCGUCUCGGUCGACCCCAAGCGCGUUUACGUCCCCAAGCCCGACGCCACAAGACACCACACCGUCAAGACCUCCUACCCCGGCCCCAAGGGCGAGGAAUACUGCUGGUACGCCUGCACGAUCAAGGGCGGACGCGAGACUAGGGACUUGGACGUCGUGGAACUCACACAGGCUGUGGAAGCCAUGGGCUGCGGCGAGAUUCUGCUGAACUGCAUUGACAAGGACGGCACCAACAGCGGAUUCGAUUUGGAGCUGAUCAGACAGGUCAAGGCGGCCGUGAGGAUACCGGUUAUUGCCAGCUCGGGAGCGGGCAACCCGGGACACUUUGAGGAGGUGUUUAGGGAGACGACGACGGAUGCGGCGCUGGGAGCGGGCAUGUUCCACCGUGGGGAGUAUACGGUGCAGCAGGUGAAGGAGGAGUUGAAGGCGAGGGGGUUGGUGGUGAGGCAGUUUGAGGGUGAUCUCUAGACUAAACGAAGAUUUUGCAUAGAAUAUAGACAUGAAGAUUUAGACGUCACGAGCAAGGGCUUUGG